AUGACUACAUCGCACAGACCUCAACUAGAGGCCAGGAAUGGGGCAAAGAAUAUAGAAUACAUUCCUACUUCGACGCAGCACGCUAGACUUUUACCGGGGCACAAAGAGGUUAAGUAUAGAAACACGAAGAAGAGGGUGUUGAAUCGUAAAGUAGAAAGUACUCCGAGUGAGGAGGCUAAGAAAAGAAUCAAAAUAACUGGAGCAGAGGAAUGCUCGAAAGAUGAAGAGAUACAGGCCACGGAUAGUAGCGAUGAGUACGAGGAAGAGGAGGAGGAGAGUGAAGAUGAAGAAGCGCUAUUAGAGGAGUGGAAUAAAGUUAAGCAAGAAAGAUUGGACAAAAAACUGAGAGAACAGCGUGCUGAAAUCACAGCAGCUCAAAAUGAAGAAGUGACGAAACCGCAAAAGCAUGGUGGUUGGAGAUCUAACACUGUAUUUGGACGUAAAGGUACAGUCAAUCAAUCGGCAAGUAUAUCUGAACAUAAUUCAAAUGGGAAGGGAAAAUAUGUCAAUAAUAUUACUCAAAGCGAAUAUCAUAAGGAAUUUAUACGAAAGCAUGUAAAAUAG